AUGAACAAUCAGUACAUCCGCCGGGAGGUCUUCUGCUGCGAAACUUGUGAUGAGCUCAAAAGCUUCUGGGAAAAAGAAAUUAGCAAACAGACCUGCUACCGAGCACUGGAGGAAGACCGCCAGGGACGAAGCGCCCUGAGAAAGCUCCGGGAAGAAUGGAAGCAGAGGCUGGAGAUGAGGCUGAGAAUGCUGGACAACCCGGAUGAGAAGGGAAAGCAGGCAAAGCCCUCGGACUGA